AUGAACCAAACGACUAUUUACAAAAUCAAUCAAAUGCAAGAGCAAGUUUCCCAACUCGAACAAAAAAUCGAAUCACAGACUCAAAUACUUAAGGGAUUGAUGCAUUUACUAGCACCCUCUUUUGCUCAAAGUGAUAGUAAUGAGAUCAACAGUGAAGUUCUUGAAGCAGCUCAACAAGCAAGAGAAGGCGGUAUUGCCAACUCUCUUAAUCCAGGCUUGAUGGGCUUUUGGGACAUUCCUAGAGUACUUGAGGAAGCAACAAAAGCAUUCGGCUCUCAUGGAUAACAUAGAUAUGUUACGCCACGGUUGCGUUUGCUUGCCCUGAUCAACUUAUUCAAGAAAGAGAGAAAUAUGACUGAUCUCUUAAUUGAUGAUAAAGUGAAUGAGAAUGACUACGGGAUCCUCAGAACAAUCGCAAAAAAUACCCACGAUGAAAUGGAGUUAGAGCUGCUGAAAGCUUUGAAGAAGAAUGACAAGGCAGCUGUGUUGCCUUUAUGGUCUGAAAUGUCUUCUGCUCUAAUCGCAAAAUACACAUUUAAGCUUGAAAGCAAUGCAGCUACUCAUGGCUUUCAUCUUCAAAGAUUUCAGCAUUCAUGGGCAGCCGGUCUAUUGCUCUUCGAAACACACAAGCACAGAAGUAAUAGAGCAAGAAAUAAGGCUUCUGUUGUUGAAAGAGAGAAUAACUCUAGGAUCAGGUAUAAUAAACGCAAAACAUGCAUCCAAUGAAA